AUGAUUAUUUUUAAAGCACAUGAAAGCGCUGUGAGAGGUGUAGCCAGCGAUGGACUCAAUCAGUUUGUCAUAAGUGGUGGAAACGAUACAAAAUUAAAGUUUUGGCGCUUUAAUGGCUCACAACUACUGACAACAAUCACUUUAGACGCGCCCAUCAAUCAACUCGUUCUUCAUAAAGAAAGCUCUUUAUUAGCGGUUUCUUUAGACAACUUUUACGUUAAUAUAAUUGACUGCGAAAUGCGUCGUCCGAUUCGUGUGUUUGGUCCGCACGGGAAUCGCGUCACAGACAUGGCCUUCAAUGGCGAGAGUCGAUGGCUCAUCACUUCGAGUAUGGAUUCUAUUAUCCGAGUCUGGGAUUUACCGUUAGGUCUAUUAGUCGAUGCAUUCCGAGUGUCCACUCCUUGUGUCAGUCUCUCCCUCUCACCGACGGGCGAGUUCUUAGCGACCGCUCAUUCCGAAGAAGUGGGCAUUUAUUUGUGGGCAAACCUCUCGCUCUAUACACCCAUCACUUUACGGCCAUUACCUGAAGAUUUUGAACCCGUUUUGCUUGAAAUGCCUGUCAUUCGAAGUGAUGAGGAAGAAGAUCAAGAAUUCAAUGAUUUAAAUGUGGAUUCAAAUGAUAAAGUGAACGAAGAAAUCAAUGAUAGCGAGAGUCUUGCAUAUAAAUCGCCGGAACAAUUGGGCGAAGAUUUAAUAACACUGUCUUCACUGCCGGACUCUCGUUGGAAAAAUCUCUUGUGUUUAGAUAUAAUUAAAAAACGAAAUAAACCCAAAGAAGUGGUCCAUAAGCCGGAAAACGCGCCCUUCUUUUUGCCGACAGUUGCGGGACUCGAACCUAAGUUUGCCGUCGAAGACAAGCAAAAGAAUGAUGACAUGGAUAUCGACAGCCAUAUCGUCGACAAAUUGAAACCCAUUUCAUUGUUCGGCGAACUAAUCAUUUCAUGUAAUAAUGAUUCAAAUUAUAGUCCAGUUGUGGAAAGACUUAAAUCAAUGGGUCAGUCGGCCAUCGAUGCAGAAAUACGUUCGCUUUCCACUCAACUCAAUGGUUCCCCUAAUCUAUUGAUAUACUUCUUGGACGCAAUGGAGACGACACUCAAAAUCAAUAAAGACUUUGAAUUAAUUCAGUCUUAUUUGGGAUUAUUUCUCAAAAUACAUAUCGAAGACAUCAUAAGUAACGACACACUGAAGACACGAUGUGAACAGUUGUGCCAAACGACCGAAGAGUUAUGGGAUAGGCUUUCCAACGAAUUUAAUAAGUCGUUGUGUUUAACAAAUUACUUGAGAAGUGCUGUCCUUUGAUUUGAUGUAAAGUUAUUUUUAUUUAUGAAAAGAUGUAAUAAAAGCACGAAUUUCUUUGUUAAUGAAAUCGAGGAAAA